UGUGAAUAUUAUCGUCUGCUGUUGAAUGUAAACAAAUACAUACUACUGCUUGGGUCACUAUGAGCUAGCCAACGGACGGUUCUUUAAUUACUAUGUGGCCUUUAUAGUUGAACGUUGUGCAAGAAGCUUAAGAUUACAUUUACAUAAUGGCAAAAGUAUUACAAAGGAUAUUUAGAGAUAGUAUGCGACAAUCAAAUGUAAGACGGCAGUCAUUGUCCCUACUAAGGGUUUCCAUGAGAGACUUCCCCUGCCAUUUCAGUACAAGUGUGAUAUAUGGAAGUAAACAUUACCCACGCUUAUCACCCCAAGAGGUGUCUCAGGUUCUUCGGCAAAAUGAAACCGUCAUUAAAAUAAGUGGUGGAGAGGAGGUGAAUUGGUUAUCGGAUGAAGGCUCUACAAGUUCAUAUUCAGUGGUAGCAGUUGAUUCAAAUCAGCUGGCCUCUAAUUCUCCAAUUGAAGAUAAACUUUCAGCUGCACGUUGUCUCCAUACUACAGGAUAUCUUUUUGGAGUAUUUGAUGGUCAUGGAGGCCCAGAAUGUAGUCAAGUAGUGGCAAAGAGAUUGUUUGAUUACAUAGCAGCCUCAUUAGUGCCUCGUGCUGAAUUGCGCCGCCUAGUAUCGGAAUGGGAAUCAGGUAUUCAUGUCCCUUUAACUCAAGUCUUUAAUGAUCCGUCACAUUUUGUGUCAGGAUUACAAGAAAUAUAUGAAGCUUCACUGCUAAACUAUUGUCGUACAUUGUUAACCACUGUCACUCAGGAUUUCAGCAUGGAAGAGGCUUUAAUAGGAGCUUUUAAACAGCUAGAUGAAGAUAUUAGUCGUGAAGUUCAAGAAAAUCAGGAUUCAGAGAUGCUAGAGCCUUUACUUCGUGUAGCUCUCUCCGGAUCCGUUGCAUGUGUUGCACAUAUAGAUGGACCUCAUCUUCAUAUAGCUAAUACUGGUGACUGUGGUGCUGUAAUGGGUGUACAAUUACAAGAUGUUAUAGGGGGUUGGCGUGCUCUUCGCCUUACCAAUGAUCAUUCAUGGGAAAACUCAGCAGAGGUUAAUCGAGUGCUCUCAGAACACCCUCCUUCUGAAGGUGAUACCGUCAUAAAAGAUCAGAGACUUUUAGGAUUGCUAAUGCCAUUCAGAGCUUUUGGAGAUUUUCGGUUUAAAUGGGACAGGGAUGUACAGGUUGAUAUAAUAGAGCAGUAUGUAGGGCCAGGUAAUAUAAUACGCAAUUGCCUCACACCACCGUAUCUCACUUGUGUACCAGAGGUCACUUACCACAGACUACGGCCAUUUGACAGAUUCAUGAUAAUGGGGUCAGAUGGACUAUGGGAAAGUAUGAGUGCUGUAGAUUGCAUUACUCUUGUAGGUGAAUAUAUGUCAGGACGUCAAACACUUCAGCCAGUUUGUUUUCCUAGACAGGCAGUUACUCUUGGUGAAGUUUCACAACUUUUGGAUCAAAGACUGAGAGGUUUGAGCCUAAAGCCAGUUGAUACUAAUGCUGCCACCCAUUUAAUUCGUUAUGCAUUAGGAGGUUGCGAUACAGGCUUAGACCAUGGACGUCUUUCCCAUUCAUUAACCCUUCGUCCAGAAGUACGUAGGUAUUUUAGAGAUGAUAUAUCAAUCCAUGUAGUUUUCUUUGAUGCAAACUUUUUACGUGUAUGUUCUGUUGAAAUUUAGUUUUGAAUGGGAAUAAUUCCUAUUACAAUUACAUGUACUUACUUUUCUUCAGACUUGUGCAAAUUAUGUACAUAACAAUGAUAAUAAAGGUUCCUCUUA